UUAGACAUUACUUCCUUAUACGACCAUCAUAAUCGAAAUCCACAUUCUGAUACUCACUCAUCCUUUAGGGCUUGGUCAGAAGUGUGAAACAUCACUCUUUUCUCUGUUACACUUGACGGGACGUUGGAUAAAAUGGAAAAAGCUGUGAUCAGCAUCCUCCUGGGAGUCUUUUCAGGUUUAACUAGUGGAGUUGGUUUGUUGCCAGAUGGUCCUCUGAAUGGAGCUGUUGGAGGGACAGUGAUGUUUACCACAGUGAAUCCACCAGAGAGUCCAUUUGUAUCAACUAUCUGGAAGUUUGGGGACAAAACUAUAAUCAUUUCAAAUACUCAAAACUACACUUACCCUGGAUAUGAGGGAAGAAUCACCUUCUUCCCCUCUACUGGAUCUCUGGAGCUCAGGAGUCUGUCUCUCAAUGACAGUGGAGAAUACACAGUCAGGAUUACAACUGUGAAUGAGUUUGAAGGCAGAACCACACUGAGAGUUUAUGAGAGAAUAUCAAAUCCUUCUAUCACAUCGUCAUCAAAGGAGCCAAUAGAGGGGAACUCUGUCAACUUAACCUGUGACGCUGCUGGCUCCGUGUUUACCAGAAAGUGGAUGAAGGAUGGAUCUGAUCUAAAUCAAACUGACAUUAUACUUUACGAUAACAACAGAGUUCUGUCUUUUCAACGUCUAAAUAAAACAGACAGAGGAGAAUAUUCCUGUAAUAUCAGCAACCCCAUCAACUCCAUGGAAGAUAAACACGUCUUGGUUGUGAACUACGGACCAGAAAACACUCAAAUCGAAGGCCAGCAUCUCAUAUCUUUGGGAGACACCUUCACAUUAACCUGUGAGGCCGAGUCUGAACCACCUGCAAACUUCACCUGGUUACUGAAUGGGACAGAGAUACUCAAUUCUCCUGAGUACACUAAAAAGAACUCUGAAGCGUCUGACAGUGGAAACUACACCUGUCAAGCAAAGAAUAACAUAACUGGAAGAUCAUCUUCUUCAGUGCAUGGAGUGACUGUAAUAGAGAGAAUAUCAAAUCUUUCUAUCACACAAUCACCAGAGGAGCCAAUAGAGGGGAACUCUGUCAACUUAACCUGUGACGCUGCUGGCUCCGUGUUUACCAGAAAGUGGAUGAAGGAUGGAUCUGAUCUAACUCAAGCUGACAUUAUACUUUACGAUAACAACAGAGUUCUGUCUUUUCAACGUCUAAAUAAAACAGACAGAGGAGAAUAUUCCUGUAAUAUCAGCAACCCCAUCAACUCCAUGGAAGCUAAACACAUCUUGGUUGUGAACUUAUUCCCUGCAGUACCAUCAAACUGUAGUGGUGGUUGUAUCGCUGGAAUAGUAAUUGCAUGUUUGGUGAUCCCUGGAGCAGCUGCUGCUGCAGGAUACUUUAUCUACAAAAAGAAAGCCAACAACAAACCUCAGCAAAAAGGGACAGAUAAACUACAACAACCAAAACAAGAAGAUGUUAAUGAGAACACAUCAACAGUAUAUGAUAACACAUCAAUGGUAUAUGAGAAUAUAUAACAGUAUAUG